GUUCUCAUCCAGCCCGUACAUGGAUCCUGUGACAACAGCACCCCCUGGUGGUGCUGCAGAGACCGAGACUGCCGGGCUCGCCCCCGCGACGUGGGGCAAAAUUGCCGCAGGGAUCAUCGGCGGAGCCUUGUUCCUCUGUGCACUCCUGCCACUGCUGUACUACUGCUGGAAAAAAAGAGGAGGUGGCAAGAAGAAAGACUCGUUUGAUGUGGAGGGAAGAAUGAAGGGCACAGGAGGAGUUUCUGCCAAGGCCGACAUCCCGGGUGUAUCCGCCCGAGCUGCCGUGCCCGGUGUCCAGGCAAAACUCGACAAGCCAGGUGUGCAGUCAUCAGCAGGGCUAUCUCUCCAUCCUGGGGCACCUCCCGUAGUGAAGAAGCCCAAGGAUUCAGCCAAGACGUCCUGUUUUGGGAAGAAAAAGAAGAAGGCGGGUGGAGGCAUAGAGGUCUACUCCCCGGCUAUUGAUGCUCAAGCCGGUGGUGAGUUGAAUGCUCCCAGUAUGAACGUCAGAGGUCCUCGGGCAAACAUUGAUGCCAACGCUCCUCAACUUGAGGGAGACAUAGAUCUCCGUGGGCCUAACGUUCACAUGAAGAAACCCAAGAAGUCAGGUGGUCUGAACUGUUUUAAGAAGCCAAAGAAACCUACAGGAGGUAUAGAAAUGGAUGCACCUGAUAUGAAUGUCAGAGGACCACAGGCUAACAUUAAUGCACGAGCCGGUGGAGAUCUGAAUGCCCCGAGUAUGAACAUCAAAGGACCGCGGGCAAACAUCGACGCCAACGCACCUCGACUCGAGGGAGACGUGGAUCUUCAUGGACCUAACGUUCACAUGAAGAAACCAAAGAAAUCAGGCGGUCUGAACUGUUUCAAGAAGCCAAAGAAACCUACAGGAGGUAUAGAAAUGGAUGUGCCUGAUGUCAAAGGAAAGGUGUCUGGUCCCAAAAUGCCCGAUGUAGACGUCAAAGGUCCACAGAUGAAAAUGAAAGGUCCAGAGGUGCCGGAUGUCCAUAUGAGAGGUCCUCAUACGUAUGUCAACGUGGAUGCUCCAAAAGUACCAGCAGUAAACUUGAAAUCAGGUGACAUCGACAUUGAUCAUGAGUAUGAAGACAUGGACAUCAAUCUGGAGGGUCCUAAAGCAAAGGGAGGCUUUAAGAUGCCUGAUCUUAACAUCGGAAAACCAAACAUGCCGGAUUUCAACCUCAAGGGUCCAAAGGUUAAAGGGCCUGAUGUGGAUAUAGAUGCAAAUCUAGAUGCUGAUGUUGAUCUACCUGAAGCUAAGGGUGGUUUCAAGAUGCCUGAUCUUAACAUUGGGAAACCGAAGAUGCCAGAUUUCAACCUUAAGGGUCCUAAAGUAAAAGGUCCAGAUGUUGAUGUAGAUGCAAAUCUACCAUCUGCCAACUUAGAUGCUGAUGUUGAUCUUCCUGAAGCUGAAGGUGGUUUUAAAAUGCCUGGGUUUAACAUUGGGAAACCAAAAAUGCCAGAUUUCAACCUGAAAGGCCCUAAAGUAAAAGGCCCUGAUGUAGACAUGGACAUGGAUGCAAACCUACCAUCUGCAAACUUAGAUGCUGAUCUUGACCUUCCUGAAGCCGAGGGUGGUUUCAAAAUGCCUGGGUUUAACAUUGGGAAAUCGAAAAUGCCAGAUUUCAACCUUAAAGGUCCUAAAGUAAAAGGCCCUGAUGUAGACAUGGACAUAGAUCCAAACCUACCAUCUGCAAACUUAGAUGCUGAUCUUGACCUUCCUGAAGCUGAGGGUGGUUUUAAAAUGCCUGGGUUUAACAUUGGGAAACCAAAAAUGCCAGAUUUCAACCUUAAAGGUCCUAAAGUAAAAGGCCCUGAUGUAGACAUGGACAUAGAUCCAAACCUACCAUCUGCCAACUUAGAUGCUGAUCUUGACCUUCCUGAAGCUGAGGGUGGUUUCAAAAUGCCUGGUUUUAACAUUGGGAAACCAAAAAUGCCAGAUUUCAACCUUAAAGGUCCCAAAGUAAAAGGUCCUGAUGUAGACAUGGACAUGGACAUGAAUGCAGAAUUACCAUCUGCAAACUUAGAUGCUGAUGUUGACCUUCCUGAAGCCAAGGGUGGUUUUAAAAUGCCUGGUUUUAAAAUGGGAAAACCAGACAUGCCAGACUUGAAUCUGCCCUCUUUCAAGGGUCCGAAAGUCAAAGGUCCAGAUGUUGACAUCGAUGCAGAGUUACCAAGUGGAUCCAUAGAUGCUGACAUGGACCUACCUGAAGCCCAUGGGGGUUUUAAGAUGCCAGGCAUAGGUUUCUCCAAGCCAGAUAUAGACUUAAAGGCACCAAAGAUGCCAGGUAUGAACAUAAAGGGUCCAAAGGGGAAUAUCGAAGGAGGAGUUAACGUGAAAGCACCAGCUAUCGAAACAGAGUUACCACGAGGAAAAGCAGAGUUCGGCAUCAAGGGACCGCAAGCUCCAAAGCUGCAUGCCCAGGGCCCGUCCUUUGACGUUAAAGGACCCAAGGCUCCCAGCAUGGAUGUUCGAGGGCCUCGUGUCAAGGGAGGAAUAGACGUUGACUCCCCAAAGGUUGAUCUAAAGGGCAGGCCAGCUGAUGCCGCCAAGGGUGGCUGCUUCGGUGGGAAGAAGAAACCGACAGGAGGCGUCGAUGUUGACUUGAAGGGACCCAAACUCAAGGGACCCAAACUCAACACAGGAGAUGUUGAUGUAGACUUGAAGGGACCCAAACUCAGGGGACCCAAACUGACCACAGGAGGUGCAAGCUUCAGCAUGGACAACCCAGCCUUUGACGAAGACAUUUCAAACCAUAUCAUCUCAUGGGACGGGGUGAACCUUGACCCUAAAGUGCUGGGAAAAGGAAAGUUUGGAGAGAUUAGGAAAGGAACAGUCAAGAAGGAUGGAGUGAUGAAGCCAGCUGUGAUCAAGAUGUUGAAAGCUUCUGCACCACAGAAAGAUCGUAAUGACUUCAUCAGUGAGCUGGAUGAGAUGACCAGAGUAGGAGAUCACCCCAACCUAGUCAACCUGAUCGGCGCAGGGCAGCAUGAUGGAAACAUGUUCAUGGCGCUGGAGUUGGCGAACAAGGGAACCCUCCGUAGCUACCUACGGGAGAGUCGGCACCCCGGGGAGGCUGACGGACAGAUCUCCACCCUCUCCAGUCAGCAGCUGUUACAGUUUUCCAAGGAGGUGGCUGAAGGAAUGCAGCAGAUAUCCAGAAAAGGGAUUAUCCACAGAGAUUUAUCAGCCAAGAAUGUCCUUGUGAUGGAGGAGGGUAGUGUGCCAGUCUGCAAAGUGUCUGACUAUGGCUUACCCAGGAUGGUCAAGGCAGAGAAGAGGCACGUCCCGAAUCGCUGGAUGGCACCUGAGUCAUUGUCAAACAACACCUACACCACCAAGACUGAUGUGUACGUUCAAAUUUCAUAGCUAAAAUUCUUUCAUCCCUUGUAGCGACAUUAAGUGAAAUGUCUAUCCAGCCAAUACAGUAUUAUGUGUACUAAUUACUCUAACUGCUAUUUCUGUUGCAGGUGGUCGUAUGGUGUUGUUCUUUGGGAGAUCACAACACUUGGUGGGACCCCCUACAGUGAGCUGGAGAGUGAGGACCUGACAAGCAUGAUUCCUGCUGGCUACAAGCUAAAACAACCCGUCAACUGUCAUGAUCAUAUGUACAUCCUGAUGAGGCAGUGUUUCCGUGACGACCCUGAGACACGCCCCACCUUCCCACAGCUGGCCGAGACCCUGAAGGAAAUGGAGGCCAACAGCGAUGAGACUUACAUCGAUGUCGAGGCAGACGACAGUUUUGAGUAUGAGCCAGCGGAUCCGAGCAAGGAUGAUGACUAGAGAAACCACUUAGCAGUGCCUCCUGGUGACUAGUUACUGCAUUGCAUGGUCAACCUACAGUCAAACCUGUCUAUAGUGACCACUCAUAAUGACUGAAAGAAAAUGGUCAUUUUAUAAACUGUUUGGGGAAAUUAAUGCAUGGGUCAAAGGAAAAAAACAAUUCUAACAGACCAAAAAGUGGUCCCACAGAACAAGUUUCACUGAAUUGCAAUAUUCCAUAAUAAACAUAAGAAAUGAGCUUUCAAACUGUUGAAUUUGUGUAAAGGUAACUAUGUUUGUUCUAACUAUAACCUACAAGUAUGUUAGGUAUUACUGACCAACUGUUACAGUCAAUGCUGAAUAUAAUUCAAUAAUUUGUGUUUCUGUUUGAAGACUCGUAGCAUAUACGGCUAAGCAUUAAAUUUGUAAGCGCAACAUUCACAAAACAAUCAUAGAUGUUGGCUAAGGUGUAAAGAAUCAUUGUGGGACUGACCAAAAAGAGAGAAAGGGUUAUUUUAACUGAAACUCACUUUCCAUCUGCUUCUAACUCUUGUAAAGAUGAACCUUGUUGUAAUGUAUUGUAUUCACUCAUAUUUAGCUGCAAAAAUAACUGUACUAUUAUAUAUAAUACAUACAUUUACAGGCAUGUUUUGAUACACAUGUACCAGUGCUACUAGAAUCUAAGCUCAGAGGUGAUGUAAAAAAAGACUCUUACAAGUGCUUUCAUCAUGUGUUAGACGCAUCAAGCUGAUUUAGAAAUGUAAAGAGGUAAAUAGGUCUAUUAUUGCAGGCAUUGUCUGAAUAUUUGAUUGUAUAUUGUUGAAUCAUUACAGGUAAUCUAUACAUACAAAACACACAAAAAAACUUUUAGAUUCAUAUUUUUCAGAGUCAUGCCAUGUGAUGAAAAUGUGCCAAUUGUUGGACACAAGCAUUAUAUAACCUGCUUAUACCGUUACCUUUAUUUUUCUAUGUCCGAUGACCUUAAUGACCUUUAAGGACCUUAAUGACAGCAUGGUGGCUACUUGUAAAUCACACUGACCAUAUAACAUAGAAAUAAAUUUACUUCACAUUGAUGUUACAUACAGUGAAGUACAAACUUUCAAAAUAAGUGAUGAAAAUAACAUAUUACUAGUAAGCUUGUAUUUAUAUUCAUAAAGCUUAUAACACUGAGCUGCAUGGAAUUGCAUAUGAAUUGUCCUAUAUGGAGAAUUAAAUAUAUAAUGUAUAUAAUGCAAGCAGGUCACUGGAAAUUUUAUAAUCUGAAUGGGCUAAGGUUUUAUUAUUGUUAGAUAUUGUGAUAUUAGAAUUUGUAUCAAUUUUUGUCUGUUACCAAUAUAUGAUUGUAAUACGUGCAUGUAUGCUGGCAACAGUCUUCCUUACUAGACAUACUCCAUGACUUUGUUCUUUAUCAAGUUUAUGUAAAACAUUUAUUUUACUAGUAUUCUAUGAAGGGGUGACAGGAUUUCCAUGAGUGACUUGUUUUCCUUGACAAAUCCCAAUCGAUAUUAUCUAUAUGCUGAUCAAUGAGAAAAUAAAGUCUUGGACCAAUGAA